GCCUCCCCCGCCGAGGGGCCUGAGGGGAGGCGCGGGGCCCUUGUAGGAGCCGGAGCCCCCCGGAGGCUCCGUGCUGGGGGCGGGAGGGGGCCGGGGGGCGGCUGGCCUUGUGCUAGGCGGCGGCAGAGCCCCUGGUACCAGGCCAGCAGCGGCAUCCCUGUCCUGGGUGCCGGCUGUGAGGGCACGGAGGUGCUGAGGGAGGGGUUAGAAGAUGUUUCACGAAGCUGCUCGUUGGCUGCUGGAGCCAGGCAGCCGUUCGCGGGUCCGCCCGGCUGUCUUCUUGAGGGGUUAGGCUGGGAAGACCGAGCUGGGUGAGGAAUGGCAGGCACGGAGGGCAGAAGCAGUGCUUCCUCCUCGUCCUCGGUCGUCGCGGACUGGAGCUUGGUGUUUUGGACUCUGUGCUCCGUCAUCGUGCCGGUGCUGAUCACCCUGUGGUGCAGCUUCCAGCGGUCCCGGCGGCAGGUGCUGAGACGUGACAUCUUUCGCAAGAGCAAGCACGACUGGCACUACACCGAUCUCUUUGGGCAGCCCUCCUACUGCUGUGUGUGUGCUCAGCACAUCCUCCAGGGUGCUUUCUGCAGCUGCUGUGGGCUGCGUGUCAGUGAAGGAUGCCUAAAGAAGGCUGACCAGCACUUUCUUUGCAAGGAAAUUAUGAUGAGGAGUGAUGGUAGAGCUCGCAGCUCUAUGCUGCAUCACUGGAUCAGAGGCAACGUCCCACUCUGCAGCUACUGUGUGGUAUGCAAACAACAGUGUGGCACACAGCCCAAGCUCUGCGACUACAGAUGUGUGUGGUGUCAGUGUACUGUACAUGACGACUGCAUGCUGGAUUGUUUAAAGAUCGAGGAGUGUACGUUUGGAGAAUUCAGAGACUUAAUUAUUCCACCAUACUACUUGUCCACAGUCAACCAGCUGCGUAAAGACAAAAGAACCGAUUAUGAAAAGAUAGUACCUUAUGGCAGAAAACACUGGAUCCCAGUAAUCGUACUGGCUAAUACUCGUAGUGGAAACAACAUGGGUGAAAUUUUACUGGGAGAAUUUAAAAUUCUGCUGAACCCUGUUCAGGUUUUUGAUUUAAGCAAAACUACGCCUGCUAAAGCACUCCAACUUUGUACCUUGCUGCCUUGCAAUGCUGUCAGGGUUCUUGUCUGUGGUGGGGAUGGUACAGUAGGCUGGGUCCUGGAUGCAAUUGAUGAGAUGAAGAUAAAGGGGCAAGAACGCUUUAUUCCACAAGUUGCUAUUUUACCUCUGGGAACAGGUAAUGACCUGUCUAAUACACUGGGCUGGGGUGCAGGUUAUGCUGGAGAAGUCCCUGUAGAACAAAUCUUACGAAAUGUCAUGGAGGCAGAUGGAAUCAAACUAGACAGAUGGAAAGUUCAGGUAACAAACAAAGGAUACUACAAUUUAAGGAAACCAAAGGUGUUCACAAUGAACAACUACUUCUCUAUAGGACCUGAUGCUCUGAUGGCUUUAAAUUUCCAUGCUCAUCGUGAGAAGACUCCCUCUCUGUUUUCCAGCAGAAUUAUUAAUAAGGCUGUUUAUUUUUUUUACGGAACCAAAGACUGCUUAGUACAAGAAUGUAAAGAUCUUAACAAGAAAGUUGAGCUAGAGUUGGAUGGUGAGAGAAUUGAGUUGCCCAAUUUGGAAGGCAUCAUUGUCCUGAAUAUUGGGUACUGGGGAGGUGGCUGUAGGCUUUGGGAAGGAAUGGGUGAUGAACCUUAUCCCUUGGCAAGACAUGACGAUGGACUUCUGGAGGUUGUUGGAGUUCAUGGUUCUUUCCACUGUGCCCAGAUUCAGGUGAAACUAGCAAAUCCUGUUCGUCUAGGGCAGGCACAUACAGUAAGGCUGAUCUUGAAGAGUUCAAAGAUGCCAAUGCAGGUGGAUGGAGAGCCGUGGGCUCAGGGGCCAUGCACUGUUACCAUAACUCAUAAGACACAUGCACUGAUGUUGUAUCACUCGGGUGAACAAACAGAUGACGACGCUUCCAGUGUGUCUGAGCAAGAGCACGUGAGAGAACAGACAGAUGAAGAUGUAUAGAUCUUGUGGAAUGUAAUGUAAUACAAAGAAGAACUUCAGCCCAUUAAAAACAGUGAGAACACUUAACCUAGAUCAAGGAUUGCGCUGUAAGGUUCAUACUUGUAAAUGAACCAGGGUCGAUGAAAAAGCCGUGCUUUCACAUUCAUGAAAACUUUCACAGCCGAAUUACCACAACUGCUUUGCCUUUUAGAUUGAUAGUGGUACCCAGCCUUUCUAGCUGGAGGAGCCAGUUGCUCUGUCAGGGAAGGACCAGAUACAGAAGCCCUUCCUUGUUGUGGAAUCAGAUCUUCUGCACAUAUACAAUAUAGUACGCAAAAAUUUUGAUACCCUUGAAAAGGGGAACAGUUGGAGUUCAGCCUGCUUCCACCUGUUAUUUUCCCCAGGAAUGCUUCCAGAACAGAAAAACAGACCAAGUAAAAUGUGGGCUGUUUUUUUUCUGUCAACAGCCUGCUGGUCCUGUCUGCCAUCUCUUCUUGGGAGUAGGACAAACUCUUUUUUGUGCACCUGUGUGUGCAGUACAUACCUAGAAGGUUUGACAGGGAGGGUGGAGAUGUGGGGGCUCUUGGAAAGGCAGCUAGCAAGGAAAGGUGGCUUUGGACCAGAGGUUUCUGGAAAAGGUCUGUUAGCAAAUGACUUUUUCAGUGGCUUUGUAAGCCAUAGAUGGAGUAUUCCUGAGUACCCAAGAUACAAGUUCAAAGUAGUUGUACCAUGACUUGCACUGAAUGAUCCUGUGACUGACUGCUUCAGUUCAGCAAGAGAUUAAUUCUAGUUUUUGUAAAUAGUAACAUAUUGUAGUUCUAGAGGAGGCUUCUUGGAAGAAAACUUGGAGCUGUCUGUUUUAGCUGUGUAUAGGACGGUUUUAAAGAAGUAAUGAUAGCUGGCAAAUCUUUUUUUUAAGAGGCUUGUUAAAGAUCUUGCUUUGUCGUUACCUGGAAACAAUCAAUAGCAAGUCAGUCUGUUAACUAUUUCAGUUUGAAUUGUGGAGGUUGAGAGCUAGGUUUGCAGAGGUUAGCAAGUUCUUUUGUUCACGUGUAUCAUUUGAUGUGCGUGGGGGGGAAAUGGACACAUUUGUUUUCUGACUGGCUCUUAGGGGGGUCAAAGAUACUUUGGCCCUGAAUCUUCAUUUCUCAUGAGAAUACAGGGCCAGGAAAAGGUUAGUGGCCUAUAAUGACAGUAAAGGUUAAGAACACACACACCAGUACAUGUAAACGGUCAAUUUGACAUAUCUGAAGCUUCUCAGGUUCAAAGCUUCUCAGGUAAAAACAUCUUCAUGGCUAACAGAAGUAAAAACCUGCUUCCUUUUUUGUUUUCUUUUAGAGGUAUUUUAAGCCUGCAGCAGGUGAGAGCUAUGAGUUAGGAUUUGAAGUUUGUAACUAAUAAUUCAGUUAAGUCCAGUUCAGUUCUUGAAUAAGAAGAGAAUUUAUACUGAGUGUAUGUUGCAUAAGCUAAGAUCAUAAGAGAAGUUGAGGGGCAUUGAUCAUAGCUUGGAAUGUUGCUGCUUUUGUCAAACUCCUCCAGUCACUAUUUUUUUUACGCUAACUGAAAGCGAAACCACUGGGUAAAGUAGACUGUUUCUAGGUUUUGUAAAAUGAAACUGUUUUUCAGCUAUCUGUAAAACAAAGUUUGCAUUAACAGUGAAGGAACUAUUUAUAUUUUAAAAUAAUUUAUUUAAGCCUUGGAAAUGUUAGUAUUUUUAGAACCUUCAAUUGUAGUCCUCUUUGGAGAGCAUUUUUAAAUUGAUGGUAUUCACUCUAGAAAGUAUACAUGCUAGAUCUUAAAAUACUACUGAUUGCCAGUGAAUUUAUAGUUGUCUGGAUAUGUGACCAGAGUGUAACGAAUUGUAAAACAGAAGCCACUUGUAAAUUCCAUAUUCAUUAGCCUCCCACACCUCAUCUUAAUUAUUUUAUAGUAUGUAAAUACAGAGGACAAAUUUAUAGUUAAGUCUAUAUAAAAAGUAUUUAAAAUACGCAAAAACAUGCAAUGUUAGAUAAAUCCGGUAUCUUGACCUUUUUUGUUGUUGUUACGGAGGUUCAAUUUGUAUUGUAGCUUCAAAAGUCUUGCUAGUUAUUUAUUUUUACUUGGAUAAUUUACAGACAUUAGCAUCCCAAAAAUACUUAAGUUCUGUGCUAUGGUUCUCAUGUAACUAUUGUUUACAAACAACUGACAAGUCUCUGGAAAAGCAGGGUAUGUGCUAUGAAGGGCAGUAUUUCGUCUACUUAAUUUAAACUAUUCAGAAUGCAGUUUAAAGAACUACCUAAAGUUGAUCAGAUGAUUAUUCAAAUUAUUUUAUAGCUUAGGACUCUCUAACAGUUAAGAAGUUCACUUCUUAAACUCCCAACGUCCUGAAAAAUAUGUGGCAUGAAGACUUUGAAAGCUUCCUUUUUUUUUUUUUUUCCUCCAGUGGGUGAACUGACUUUUCCACAUCUGUUUUGCCUGAAUGUGUACCAGUGGUAUUGUACUAUGUUUGUGCAGACUAGAUCCUCACACUUAGUGUAGAUUGUUAGGAAUCCAGUCCUAAAUAUGUGAAAUACUCUUUGGGAAAUGCAAAUAUAUCUAUUUGGGCUUUGGGCACUUUUGGGGGAGAACCCCCAAGAAAUGGUCUUGUUUGUAUUGGACAGAUCAUCAUCCCCGUCUUGCAUGUGGAAGUGAAAAAGUUUGUUUCAACAAGCUGACUCUUGGUGAGCACAGGAAACGGUAGGCAGCAUGUGUAGCCAUUUUAGGCAUGGAAAGCCUCUUGUAAAAUUGUAUUUAUGGUAUGGAGAAUACUCUGUAAGUAUCCAGUUCCUAAACAAAUGUGUGGUCAUCCUGCUAUUAUAAUUAUAUCUUUGUCAUAUGCAUGACGAAAAAAAAUCUUUCUAAACGUACGAUGUUAGCACUAGAAUCUGCUGGGAAGUCUUGCUGUUUCCAACACACCAUUCUUUGAUUUACAUGCGUCCUCCUUUCCAGUAUGUUGUAAAUUGUCCUAAAGUUGUUUUUAGUCCAACUUCAGAGAGCUCAUAUAUAUGAGCAACAGGCUCCCAGAUUCUAAUGCUGACGUAAAUGAACUUCUCUAACUUAUAAUAUAGCUGUAGUUGCUUAAUGUCAUGUGUGUUGUGGCUGUAAAACUGCUACAUGUUUUUUUAAUGUUGGAGGUGCAUAAAGCACCAGUACAAAUAGCUACUGUAUAGAUAGCUCCUCUGAAAACAGAUAGGAAACCUGAAAAUACUGCAGUACGUCCUUUACCCAGAAGAGGGUGCUCUGCAGUUGGAUCUCAUGUCCUGCGUGGAAGGAUUCUCCCUUGCCCUCUUACUGAUUAACAUUGGGGAAAAUAGUGACAAAUAAUGAAUAGUUUCUUCUGGCAGUCUUCAUACAGUAUAACUUUGCAUAAAAUGUGUAGAGUGAAUAAUAACAUAAAUUAUCAAGCACUCAAAAGUGAAUUUACAAAAUCUAUUUUGAAGUUUUAUUGCAGUAUAGGCUACCUUAACAGAACUUUGGUCAGAUGCUGAUAAUUUCCUUUAUUGUAGGUUCUCAAUCCUGUGAAAAGCAAACAGCAAACUUUAACUUAUUUGGAGAGUCUUUCUGUGUGUGAGCUUCCUGCCUUACUCAAACCUAGUUUGUUUACAUGUUCAUUGAGGCGGUAUGUGUGUGCAUUUCCAUAUGCGUAGAGAUUUUUGUCAUAGGCUUUGUUUUUACUUUUUCUUAUCCUAUACUUUGAGCAAUUCAUAGCAGGGUUAAACUGUUUAAAAUACCACAUGCCUUUUGUAUCUUUAUCCUUGUAUGGAUUAUUUAAAAAGGUGUCUGAAGUCCAAAAGUGCAUUCUUCAUCUUUAAAAACAGCUGAGGUGAAUGGCAACCACAUUCAGCUUUGUUUUCUUUCUACUGCGAUUGUGAGAUUUGUUUCAAAUUACUUUAAUUUGAAGUUAUGCUCAAAUUUUAAUAUUUUUCUCAGCUCUGUUAUGAAUUGCAUUUCAUUUCCUUAAUGUAAAGAUGGUAUAGCUUAAUUUAUGCACGUGGUAAUUGUGUAUGUUCAGUUUUCUGUUGCCCCUUCAUAGUUUUAUGUUUUCAGGUCUUGCUUUUCUUAGGCACUGAGUAACUUGGAACACUGUUUACUAUAGUUAGAAGCUUUAAGUACUGUUCUUGGAAUACAGACUUGAGUUUCUCCUGGUUGCAUGAGAAAAUGCUACCAUGUUUGAACACGCUUGGAGAAAAUUGUCUUCUUAAAGCGAUGUUUAUAGCAAAAGUUUAAAAAAUUUUUAUAUAUAUAAUUUCAGCUGAUCAGAUUGAGACUUUGUUCCCUGGUACAUCUUGUCUUGACAGCAUUUGCAACUAUUCAGUAAGUACUUUUUUCCCCGCAGUCAUUUUUCUCAUUUUUAGCUGGCAUACUUUAGCUAAAACAUCAAUUGGGACAGUGUCAGAAGCUGUGCUGAAACAGGGUACUGAGCUUCUCUUCUGUUUGUUUUAUACUUUAUGCCAGCUGGUUUGUCAAAAACGCAAACUGGAAUGGUUUCACACAGCAUAUUCGUAACCCACCUUUUUUGCCCUUUUCAGUCACCUUAAUUUCUAAUUUACUCAGACUGACACCUGGAAAAUAUUAGAACGGGCACCUCAGGUGUAGUGUUCCCUGUCCUCCAGACCUAUUUUGAAAGUACAGUUUUUGCUUUUUGCCACUGGGGAGGAAUCUCCACUUUCUCCACAGGUUCUCUCAGAACUAGUAGUUCUAAGUUCUGGUUUAGGUUCUGCCUAUUCCUUCUGGGUCUACAUUACAUGCACUGAUGCUCACAGCUUUUUAGUGUAUAUUAUUGUAUCUAACUGGUUUAAAAAAAAAAAGCACUGUACAUUAGCUGUAAACAGCAUAACAGUAUCAAUGCUACAAUGCUUCUUCUUUUUUACUUAAGAACAAACACUUCUUGGUAGAGCAGCACUGUAGCCUAACUGGUUAAUAUACAUGUAAGAGUAGGACACUUAAGAAUCUUUGCAUGUGUUCUAACUGAAAAUCCUUUUUUGUUCUGUAUUUCAUAUCUAGUAUUAGCAGUUUUCUUUUUUAAAAAAAAAACAAGAUUGUGCUUGGUUAAGAGUAGACUAGGAUAUCUUUAGAUUUAAAAAUGCUAGUAGCAUCACUGAUCCUGUUGAAUGUGAACCACUUGUUUUAAAAUGUUCCGACUUUUCUGAGAAACUGUAGCUGCUUCCUGAACACGGGAAUGAAAUGAGAGACCACUUUUUCAUUUAGCAAUUAGGUAGAUUGAGAGAAUGUACACAUUCAGUAUUUCAGUGUUGUUUAGGCUGCAGUUUGAAAGGCAUGGCAGAUCAAAAUAUCUCACUAAGAAUGCUGAAUACCCAGUUCAGGUUUUGGUCAUCUCAGGGAGAGACUUCUGGCUGGAGUAAAGCCACAUGCCUCAACUAAACCUAGUGAUGUUAUGCUGACUUGCAUUAGCUGAGGAUCUGGCUUUUACUGUUUGAAAGUAUGAAUGUAUUCAAAAUUUUACUUUGUUUUUCAUUAAUGCUACCCUGUUUGCUGUAUACUCUUAUUGUUGUAUGUAAUUCAUUUGUUUAUUUGAAACUUAUUUGCAGAUUUCAGCAUAAAUCACUUUUUUUCUUAAGAGUAAGUGGGAACUAAUAUUGUGAGUUUAUUGCAUUCUGUGUCUUUGAAGUUUACAUCCCUCAAAAGCCAUUUUGUCUGCUACCAACUAUUGUAAUCCUUAGAGUACCUCCAGCCAUCUUCUCUUUAUAGGGUUUUUAUAGUUAAACAGAACGGAUUUUUAUUUUUGUAGCUUGUAACUUCCAUAUGUAUACUAGUUAUUUCUAUUUAGUAAUUAGUGAUCAGAGUACUGUAAAAAUGUGACUCUUAAGAGCUGUAACUUUAAAUUAAUAACUACUUAAAUGAAAAUACCAGCAUGUUAAAAGUUAAAAAAAAAAAAAAAAAAAAGUAAUUCUUUAGCUUGGAAAUACUGUGAUGCUGUGACUUGGGAUUUGUAUUGAAUGUGUUCAUGCAUAUUCUGAAAUUGCACUAGAGGGGAAAAAAUGAGCUUAAAAUGCAAAUAAUAAAUGAAAAGGUAGAAUUUUUAACAUUUUUUUCAACCAAGGAGGAUUACGUUUGGGAUUUGAUGGUUUCUUGUGGGUACUUUUGUGUUUGUUUUUUUUUUUUUUUUUUCCUGCAGAGCCCUAAAGCAGGAAUGAUCAUUGCACUUGACAAAACAGUUGUUUCCCUAUGGUGCAGUUUAACACACAUAUAUUACUUAGUGUCCAACCUCAGCAAAAGCCAUUUGCGCCUUUCCCACCUCUCUUCUCAGAAAACAAAAUCCUAGAGCAAAACUGAAUGCUCAUAGUCGUAAAGUACAUGAGAUCUUACUUGCAAAAAAAUAGCCAGGCAGCAUAAUAUUGAACCUCCAAUGCAAAUUUUUAAAGACAAAAGUUGUUACAUUUUUUCUUUACAUCGUGAUGCUUUCAAAUACAAAAUUGUUUUUUCUUUGUUUAAAAGAAGGCAGGUAGAAAUGGGAAGAUAAGGAGGUAUUCAUGUACAACUCCUACUCACAAAAGCUGGGAAAUGUAUCCUUUAUUUGCUGUGUAGGCACACAGCAAGUGUGAUUCUAGAACUCUGCAUAAAGCUCUGCUUUGUUUGUGCUCUUACUGGCUUAAUCCCUUAUUUCUGAAGCAGGUGAUGCUAGCAUUGACAUGUGAAAUAGUGACAGGUUUACUCAAAUUAUUACAUGUGGGUGAUAUGUAUUAUUUGAGUAAUUGGGCCAAGUUUUGUCUGUAGGCUCCAUCAGGUUCUGAGGUGGCACUCCACCUUAACACAAGUGAAACUGAAGAAAAUGUUUGUGUUUAGUCAAUAGUAUUGUGGCCUAUUUCUUGUGACUUAGCUCCCAGAAGGCUCUUUUGAGAAACAUCUGCUCUGUAUUCUUCAUAGAAGUUUGCAACUAUAGAUUUUUCACAGUACUGACUCUGUUACUAAAUUUCCUAUUGUAUCUUUUUGUUGUUGUUAUUUGUACUGUAUUUCUCUGUAGACUGAAGUGUGUGGAUUAAAGUAUUUAAACUCA